AGUUGUACACCAUGAAGAUCAGCAGCAGCAGGACUCUCGUUCUUGCCUCGCUUGUGGGAUCUGCUCUGGCAGGCAGGAUCUACACCCUGGACGAGUGCGUUCGUGGUGAAGGCUUCUACGACUCCUUCAAUUUCGAGAACAUCACUGACCCCACCCACGGGCGUGUGACGUAUGUCAACCGAACAACGGCGGAGAGACUCAACUUGACCUAUGCCACGGAUGACACCUUUAUCUUGCGCGCAGAUGACACUACGGUUUUGGGUGUAAAUGACACAGGCCGGAAUUCGGUUAGGAUUCGGUCUAAUCGUCAGUACCACGAGCAUGUUGUUGUCUUUGACAUACAGCACAUGCCCGAAGGAUGCGGAACAUGGCCCGCUAUCUGGGAAACAAAAGAGAUUGGUUGGCCUGCCGGUGGUGAAAUCGAUAUCCUCGAGGGUGCAAACAAUGUGGUGCCUAAUCAGUCGACGCUUCACACUGGCCACAAUUGCUCCAUGCCAAAUACCACUCUCCAGUCAGGAACCUUUGCCACAACCGACUGCGAUGCCUCAGUCGCUUACAAUGUUGGGUGUGGUGUGAAGUACGCUCAAGAUAACAGCAGUUUUGGUCCAGGAUUCAACAGCAUCGGCGGAGGAUGGUAUGCUAUGGAACGUACACUUCACUAUAUCAAGGUUUGGUUCUGGGAGAGACACGACCCAUUUGUUCCCUGGGACGUUAGUAGCGGUGCAUGGAUCAUCGAUACUGACAGCUGGGGCACUCCUGCCGCCAACUUCCCUAACAACACCGAGUGUGACAUCCAGUCUCACUUUAAAAACCAAAACAUUAUCAUUAAUCUGACGUUCUGCGGCGAUUGGGCAGGUAACCCGGCUCUCUACAAUGCUUCUGGAUGUCCUUUAGACUGUGUGACUUACGUCAACAGUAAGUGCCCCUGUGCAAAUGUCCAGUAUAAUUGUAAACCCUCCACAGACAACCCUACUGCAUUCACAAACGCCUACUUCGAGAUCUCGUCCAUGAACGUCUACAAAUAGAUGUCGCAGGAUAGGCGCCAAGUGUGUUGCUUUCAUACUCCCGUUCGGUAAUUUCACCAUUUGCUCCGAGAUUCUGCGGAUUGAUAGGAGGAGCGUAUUGCUCCCUGAAACCAAUCCAGGUACGUGAUGUUUGGUUGGUCUCAGGUGAGCAAAAUCUGUGUGAUGUGUCUUCCCAAGUGAACGGCGUUGUGAUGCACCAAUGCUGUAUUGUGACACCAAAGUUAUUCACUGGCAAUCAAAGCCGUGUGUAGUCAUUGUUUUAGAUGAAAGAAGGUUGUGAAGAUGCUUUCUCUGAGAGAAGAAACAC